AUGGAAUCCGCUUCAUCCUUUGGCAAUCUGAAUUCUGGGCUGCAGAUCGGACAUAACUAUGGCUCGAUAGACGCCCAUUUCAGUCUUCAGACGGACCUCUUGGACAAGUUGCCCGUUGCAAGCGGAGCGGCCUUUAAUUCAUAUGUGGAUCAACACGAAGAUGAAUGCCUCCCUGGCACGAGAAUUGAGCUUCUCGAAGAAAUUGCACAAUGGGCCGUGUCACCACACGGAAAGUGUAUCUUUUGGUUAAACGGUAUGGCGGGGACAGGAAAGUCAACCAUCUCCCGGACAGUCGCAAGGUCUCUCCAGCGCAAAUUUACCACUGUGAGCUUCUUCUUCAAAAGAGACGAGAGGGAUCGAGGAAAUGCUAUCAGACUUUUCCCGACGAUUGCCCGCCAACUAGGGCUUAGCAUACCCGUUCUGGCACCCAUGAUCAGACACGCCAUCUCUCAAGAUCCCGAUAUUGCGGCACGGUCACUAGCGGAACAGUUUACAAGAUUAAUCAUUCGACCAUUCUUUGAUUUAGAACAAGCUGCAGAACAAGCCACUCUACCGAUCCCGGCGGUGAUUCUUGUCAUUGACGCACUGGACGAAUGUGAAACGGAUAAUGAUAUACGGGCCAUACUCCAGGUACUCCCGCAAGUACAAGACUUGAACGCCGUCCGCAUACGAGUUUUUCUGACAAGUCGGCCCGAAUUACCGAUCCGUCUGGGGUUUUCAAAGAUUGCAGAUCAUCAAUAUCAAAAUUUGGCCUUGCAUGAAAUCCCCGAGACAAUGACAACACGCGAUAUAUCCUUGUUUUUGAGAGAUAGAUUCACCAAGAUCCGAGAAAUAAAAGACGUCCCCGAUGACUGGCCGGGAGGCGGUGAUAUUCAAGUCCUAAUUACGAUGUCAAGCCCACUAUUCAUCUCCGCGGCUACCGUUUGCCGUUUUAUUGAAGCGAACUUGGACCCCGUGGAAUGUCUCGCUGAUCUUCUCGAGGACCAAGCCAAGUACGCGACAAAAAUGGACAAGACGUACCUACCGGUUCUUUUGCGACUCAGUAAUGAGGAUGGUGAAGAACAACGAUUACGGUUUUUCCACCAAAUCGUUGGUGUCAUUGUCCUUCUUGCUGAACCAUUGUCAAUUAAUGCGCUCUCAAGAUUUCUUGAUGUUCAAGCACGGGUGGUUGGCAAUUUAUUGGAUUCAUUUCAAUCGGUUCUCAGCUUACCUAGUGACCGCAAUCUACCGGUUAGAAUCCUGCAUCUAUCAUUUCGUGAUUUUCUAGUUCAAACGAAGAGCAAAUUCUCCGUCGAUCGCGGUGACAAUGACGACUUUUCCGAGUUCUUGCAUGACGCAAAGCGAUUCAUACUCAAGCAUAGACAGAUUGCCGAUAUCGCACCUCUUCAAAUUUACUGCUCGGGCCUUGUGUUCACACCUGAGAGGACGAUCAUCCGAAGGCAGUUUCACAAAGAGCUUCCUGUAUGGGCAGAUCAAUUACCCAAACUGGAACAGUAUUGGAGUGCAGACCUGCAGACUCUUGAGGGACAUUCCGAGCGGAUUGAGUCUCUCGCGCUAUCUCCUGACGGCCACACACUGGCAUCGGGGUCCUUUGAAGAUACUAUCCGGCUCUGGGAUACCUCCACAGGAACCCUUCUGCAAAUCAUCGAAGGCGGGCCGCAGUCGAUGACCUUUUCCCCUAAUGGUCGGCUUCUAGCAUGUGGCUUCAGAAAUGGGACUAUCCGGCUCUUGGAUACUGCGACGAGCGCCUUGCAGAACACUCUCAACUGUGACCCGUUAUUCUCUGCUAGUUCGUUGGCUUUCCACCCUGAUGGCCAACUACUAGCGUGCAAUAGCGGGCGUGCUGUCUGGCUUUGGGAUGCCAACACAUGGACGCUCAAGCGGACUCUGAAGGGCCAUUCGGAUUGGGUGCAGACGGUUGCGUUCUCUCCCGAUGGCCAACGGCUAGCAUCUGGCUCCAGUGAUUCUUCCAUUCGGCUUUGGAAUACAUCCACGUGGACUUUGACACAAAUUCUCCAGGGCCACUCCGAUUGGGUUACUUCUCUGGCUUUCUCUCCUGACGGCCGACUCCUCGCGUCUAGUUGCCUGGACAACAAGGUCAACCUGUGGGAUAUUCCUAGCAUGGCUGUGCAACGAACCCUUGACAGUGUUUCCGAAACCGUCUGCUCCGUAGUUUUCUCUCCCGACGGUCUACUGGUUUGUGGCUAUGAGUAUGGGGCUAUCAGGUUCUGGAAUCCAGCCACAGGCGCUCUACAACAGACACUCAACGGGCACACAGGACAAGUUGAUGCCCUGGUCUUUGCACUUGACGACCGAAUAUUUGCGUCUGGUUCCCAUGAUACGACCGUCCGACUCUGGGAUACUAGUACUAUAGAUGCUCGCAAGCAGAAUUUCGAACAUUCAAACAGAGUUCGCUUAGUGACCUCCUCACCUGGCGGAGGCCUGCUCGCAUCUGUCUCUGGCCGGACUGUUGGGCUGUGGAACACGGCUACGGGGGAUCUAGAGAAAACCCUUAGUGGCCAUCCAGGUAGGAUUGAAUCCGUGGUAUUUUCUCCUGAUACACAGGUUCUAGCGUCCUGCUGUGAUCGGCGGUCCAUUUGGCUUUGGGAUAUAUCCACCGGGGCUCCGCAACAUACUUUUGAGAGUAGCGGCAUCUCAAUUGCUUUCUCCUAUGACGGACAACUCUUAGCUUUUCGUACCUGGGGCGGCCCUGUCCAAGUCCGGGACACCGCUACCGGGGCCUUGCAACGGACCCUUGCGACACGAUUGGGGGGGCCCGUCACAUUCUCUCCUGACGGCCAGAUAUUAGCAUUUGCCUCCCAGAACCAAUCCGUUGAGCUCUGGGAUAUCUCUACGUGGAGUCUGCGCCACUCUCUCCCACAGACUCGAAUAGAAUUCUCUAUGGUAGUGUUCUCGCCGGAUAGCCAUCUACUAGCAGUCAGCACAACCAACCAUUGCGUCCAACUUUGGAACACUGCUACUGGAGCUCUAGAGAAGACUAUGCAAAGCCAUUUAGGUUAUAUCACCUCAAUGGCAUUAUCGCCAGACAAUCAACUGCUAGCGUCGACUUGUAGUGAUCACGCCCUCAGAAUCUGGAACGUCACUACGAGUACUUUGCAGCAAGUUAUCGAGGUUGAUCCAGCAACCACCGACUUGCAUUUCUCCCUCGAUAGCUCAUGCCUUACCUCUAGUCUUGGAAUUCUCAAAAUCCAGCCAGAGACUCAGACCAGCUGGUUUCCUGUCACUCAUGCUCAAUCACCGGGUGCUGGUUUCAAGAUGCUAGUGCAUGAUGGCCGAUGGAUACUCCUUCAUGGUGAAAGAGUCCUGUGGCUUCCCCCUGAGUAUCGUCCCACUUGCUCAGCAGUGAGCGGAAGUACUUUGGCUCUUGGGCAUGCCUCGGGGCUGGUUUCCUUCAUUUCAUUCUUGCUGGACUAA